UUAGUGAAUCCUGAACAAAACUAAUCGUUUGUUUUUUGUUCCCAUCCCAAUUCCUCUCAAAAUCCAUGAGGAACUAGAGAUUUUUCUAAAAAUAUUUAAAUUAUAAAAAAUUGAAAUCAGGGAAGGACCAGGUUUGGAUUUACGUAUCACACACUGAUAUCUAUGAAGGAUGGAGGAUUACUUCUGAUCACUGAAGAUUGAAGCUUAUGUUUUUUUCCUAGAAUGGAGAGUUAAAACAAUGGCUGACAGGAAAUCAACUCCUCGAAAGGAAUCUGUUGCUUCUGCAGUGUCACCUUCAAGGACAAUUUAUUCAACACCAUCCACUUCAACAUCUGGAUUUAAUUCUGGCAAUGACUCAAGUCCACCCUGGGAUCAGGGUUGGCAGCUUUUCAUUCCAGCAAGCAUUCAGGACGGACCAUCGCGUUUUGGAUUUAUCGAGAAUGCUUUGGCUGAAGGUAAUGAGCAGAGGUUGCAAGAGGUUGAAGAGAGAUGCAAGACUUUGGUGAGUGAGAGCCCAGAUGGAUCGGACGAGCGCCGUUGGCUUGUGAGACAGUUAGUAGAGGUGCGGCUAAAGUUACAAGAGAAAAAGGAUGAUGACAUUAGCAGCAAAGCCACAGUGCGACUUGUUCUUGGGCAUCACAUGCAGCUGCAGGAAAAUAAUCUGCACAACACCAAACUGCAGUGCGACCGCUGUUGUGCCGCGAUAUGGGCCAUGAUUCACUCCUGGUUCAGAUGUAGAGACUGUGAUUUUGUGUGCCAUACGAGAUGUUUAUCGCAAGUUACCAGAGCCUGUGUUCAUGUAGCAGUCAGCGAAAGACCUGAGUACGAAUUGAGAAUUUGUCCAGAAGUUGGUUUAGCGUCAGCUCAAAGAUUUAAAUGUACAGAGUGCAAUACAUCUGUUAUAUUUACGACCCCGCCCAUUGUGACCUGUUUUGGUUUUGCUCCAUCAGCUGAUCACUCCUGGAGUGAGCCUAGAAUUUGUGACUACUCUGGUUGCUACUUUUGCCCAACAUGUCAUUGGAACACUACUGCAAUAAUUCCAGCAAGAGUGGUGCACAACUGGGACUUUGAGCCGAGGAAAGUUUCCAGAGCUGCUCAACAGCUUCUCAAAUUAAUGGCCGAGAAGCCAGUUUUGGUGCUUAAAGACCUAAACCCUCGUCUCUUUGGUCUCGUUGAAGAGUUGAGCGUUAUUCAGGGAUUAAGGGAGGAUCUUUUGCAAAUGAAGAGAUACUUAAGUACCUGUGACUCGGCAAUUGCUCAGCACAUAAUGUGGCAAGUAGGCAGCAAACAGCACCUCAUCGAAAAUGCCCACUCUUACUCCCUGCAAGAUCUCAUUGACAUCUAUUCAGGCACUAUGCUUCCUUACAUAAACCAAAUCCACGAGUCUUUCUCAAAGCACAUUAAAGAGGAUUGCAAGGUCUGCUUCGGGAGAGGCUUUGUCUGUGAGCUUUGCAACAGUAAAAAAGUUCAAGUUCUUUUCCCCUUUGACCCAGCAGCUUACAGUUGCCCGUCGUGCUUAUUUGUUUUUCACAACUCCUGCUGGCAUAAAAGGAAAAAUUCUGAAUGCCCUCGAUGCUUGCGGAUCAAAGAAAGACAACGAAAACUAUCAACCAACUGUGAUGAUGAAGAGGAGCCCUAGAAGAUGUCAAGUUAUCUUUUUGCCAAAUAAAUAAUACUGUUUUAUUAUUAUUAUUGCUGUGAAUCACAACGACUUGUGAUUUUAGAGUGCAGAAUAAUUGGUACUAUGUCAACGGAGCACAAAUUAAAUUUCAAAAUUUGGUUUUUAUUGAACGAAAAAUAUAUUAUGUUUUGUAUUAAAAACUCAUUUAAUAUUCUCAUUAAAUGGAAACUAAUCUAAUCAAAACGUCAAGAUGAUCAAAUAAAUUUUCUAUUAUAAGUGAUU